GCCCCCAUGAGUAGAGCAUAAGGCCAGGCCAGCCCACCACUCCAGCCUCACCAUCUAGUGGCCAUGGUUCAUGCAUGUCCUGGACUGCCAGCCCCAUCUUAAGGUCCCUGCAGACUAGGCUGUUUCCUGUGUCUAGACAGCUGUUCCAACAGAUUCUGUCCCAUGUGACUUCCAGUCUCUGGACUGGCUGCUCACCCACCCUCCUGGCAGAGGUACCAGCCAUGUCAUCCCCCAACUUCCUUUCUUUUCUGAGCUCCGGCCCACAGUGGUGUGCAGAAGGCGUUCAGUUCGAUAUCACUUCAUUUAUUGGUUAUUAUUCGCCCUGCGGAGGGUGGGCCUGGUUAGGGGAGUGGGUAGGGGGCAUCCAGUCAGGCUGUCUCCACCUUCUACCUGGGAUCCCAGCCCAGGGGCGGAGCAAAAGGUGGGUACCAAGGACAGGGUGGCGUCUACUCCCCCAUCCCACUCGCGAGCUCUACUCUUGCUUCCACCUGUGUUAUGGAGAGAAAGCCGCCUUCCGGGGUCGCAGUGGGGUUUAAGUCGAUCGCGGACUUCCAUCGCAGACUGCCCUCGCAUUUUCAUUACUGUGUAUCAUCUCCAGCCCGGCCGCGCGCGCAAGGGAUCGUGGUCCGCGGAUUGACAGCUCAGGCCCCGCCUCCGCCCCGUCUCUAGGGCGACGCCAGAAGCAUGCUGUGGCCGGGAGAUUCCUCACCACCCCGCGGCCCCAGCCUCGGUGACAGUGGUUCCAACACUGGCGAAAGCCGGAAGUACAGCCCUGACGACGGCGGCUGCUGGUCUCCAUAGAAACAGCGGAAACGUGCUCUCACCUAGCGCUUCCCAGUGCCGCAGCGGCUGCGGACUUCAGUUCCGCUAUCAUCGAGGCCCGGAAGUGCGGCCUUGGCGGUGGUAAGCUGGAGGCAGCCACGGCCCAGCCUGGUGCCUGAGGAGGAGCCGGAGGUGGGGUCGACCGGGAAUCCCCCUGCCGCAAGGCCGGCGGGGAGGCUGGGGCGUGCCAUGGGAGGGGUGCCGGCGCUAGGCUUGGAGCGCACGCUGCGGACGUGAGGGGGCGCUGCAGAAUCGGGGCACGGCGCGGGCAAGGGCGCGGAUGCUGGAAACCUAGGUUGGUCGGGGCUGCAGCGGGUGCAGCCAGCGCGGAUCAGAGAGGGGCUCUGGGCUCAGGAUAGGGCGCGCGCAGUGGCGCAGAGUGAGGGAGAGAGGUGCCACGAGCGAAGUGUAUGGCUUGAGCAAAGGCGUGACGAUGAGAAUGCGUCGCGUACCCGGGACAGUGGGCCUGGAGCCGUGUCUCCAGGUGGACCUUUGUUCUGAGGCGCCAUGAAGGCCCUGCUGCAUCUGGACCGAGGAAUCGGAAGCUGUCGGAGAGUAGGGCCGGAGUGAAUUGGAAAAGGAAGAGCUCAGGCCCUGCGGGCUGAUGCACAGGUUUCUGUCCCAUCGCCCGGGCACGGAUUUGAAGUCCUUUAGAUAGAUGCUUGGUGAAUAAAGACUUUAAGGGUGCUGUGGCAGAGGCAACGGCACGUGCAAAGACUAGGCUCGUUUGAGGAAUCGCCAAGAAUUAAUUCUUCCUACGGAGGGCUGUGAGAAGAGGAGGGUUCAGAUGUGUUAGGUGUUAGUUAACAGGCUCCCUCUGGCUGUCGCAUGGGUUAGAGACCCGGAGGUAGGGGGACGCGAGGCGGUUACUGCCAUCAGUCUAGGCCCGCGGUACCCGGGCAGUGGAGGUGUGCGAAGUAGUCCGAGGGGUCAGAUGUGGGGCAUACAAGAAGCAGAGGGGUCUGGUCACAGCAAAGGCGGCUUGGGCAUAAGGAGCCGGAGGAGGUGAGUCUGAGACCUCAGUAGAUGCUGAGGGUUAAGAGAGGCCUCACCCUGGGACUGUGUGACUCUGCCUGAGUGAGGCUAGUGACGUGUGGGCGGGUCCCAGUGUGUCUUGUCUCCUGGCUCUCCUCCCCUACACUGGAGAUGUGUGUGUCCCGAAUGUGGGAUAAGCCAGGUAUCUCACCCCUGUUGUUAGAGGGUAAACAGACUGGUUGAGCCCGGUACCUGCUUGACGCGCGAAGUAGCAUAGCGUCUCAGAUUCAGAGUGUGGGGAUGGUGGAAACCCCUCCUCUUUCUGGUCACAAUUGGGCAAGUAUCCGGUUUGCUCAGACAUACAUGCUGAUCUGAGGCCGCUGCUGCUUCACCUGCACCCACUCAAUCACACACCCCCUUCGCAGUCCACGGAAGCCCCUUCUCUGUGCCACACACACACACACACACACACACACACACACACACCCUGUGCCCCACAGGUCCAUCCAUAUGCCAAGAAGCACCAGGCUGUGGCAGGCACCUCCCUCACUACUGUGAUUUCCUCCCAUGGAGCACCUGCCAGGCUAACCUCUCAGCCCAUUGUGACUAUGCAGACUUCUGAUUGCUUAGUCCAAGAGGCAGGUCAUGCCACCUCACCCCUGCGAAGAUCUCCGUGUUCACUGGUUAACGUAACCGGUUUGAGGCAGCAGACUGGGUCUGCACAGGGCCUUGGAUGUUCUAAGGUUGGAGGGUGUGACAAAGGCAGAACAAAAAGCGGCGAGUGGAAGGAAUUGCAGCCAUCGUGUUGGAGAGUCGGCCUGUUCUAGAUGUGGAUGGCGGCGGCGGCGGAGGCGGUGCACCACAUCCAUCUGCAGAACUUCUCGCGUUCGCUGCUCGAGACCCUCAACGGGCAGCGGCUGGGCGGGCACUUCUGCGACGUGACCGUGCGGAUCCGCGAGGCUUCGCUGCGCGCACAUCGCUGCGUGUUGGCCGCUGGCUCGCCCUUCUUCCAGGAUAAAUUGCUGCUCGGCCACUCCGAGAUCCGUGUGCCGCCGGUGGUGCCCGCGCAGACGGUGCGCCAGCUCGUCGAGUUCCUCUACAGCGGCUCGCUCGUGGUGGCACAAGGCGAAGCGCUGCAGGUGCUCACGGCCGCAUCGGUGCUGCGCAUCCAGACUGUCAUAGACGAGUGCACGCAGAUCAUUGCCCGCGCCCGUGCCCCCGCCCUGGGCACCCCCGCACCCCCGCCCCUGCCCACUCCGGUGCCCACAUCACUCGCGCCGGCACAACUGCGCCACCGCUUGCGCCACUUGUUGGCUGCGCGUCCCCUGGGCCAUCCCGGUGCUGCUCAUAGCCGCAAGCAACGCCAGCCUGCACGCCUGCAGCUGCCUGCGCCCCCUGCGCCCGCCAAGGCGGAGGGGUCGGACCCCGACCUCGCCCUACCGGUAGCCCCAGAAGGUGGUGAUGACGAUGACGUCGACGAUGACGACGAAGAGACUGAUGAUGAGACCGACGGUGAGGAAGGCGAAGGCGGCGUUCGGGUUGAGGGCCAGGCGCCCGCAUCUUUCCCUGACUGCGCUGCCAGCUUCCUCACCACCGCGGCUGACAGUGCGCGCGAGGAGCCGCCUGCGCCCGCCGGCCUUCCUGACUAUGGCGGCUCCGGGAGGGACUUCCUUCGGGGGCCUUCAGUGGCCGAGGACGUGUUCCCUGAUAGCUACGUCUCCCCGUGGCAAGAAGAAGACGGCACAGCCGCUGAAGGCUGUCCCGCAGAGGUCCCAGUCCCGCCCGACUGCAUCCUGUCCGGACCCCGCCCGCCUGGCUUGAAGACCCCGGGGCCGCCAGUCUCGCUUUUCCCCUUUCAUCUGAGCGCUCCAGGGCCAUCUGCUCAAACCCCUUCCGCGCCCUCCGAGCUGGCCCCUGCGCCCCCUCCUGCCUUCUACCCUGCGCUCGAGCCUGAUGGGGCCCCCAGUGCGCCUCUGGGAGAGGCUCUGGCCCCACCCUCUGCUCCUGCCGCCACCCCAGCACGCGCCUCUGGUGCCGAGCCACCCGCCUAUGAAUGCAGUCACUGCCGCAAGACGUUCAGCUCGCGGAAAAACUACACAAAGCACAUGUUCAUCCACUCCGGGGAGAAGCCCCACCAGUGCGCUGUGUGCUGGCGAUCUUUCUCGCUGCGCGACUACCUGCUCAAGCAUAUGGUCACACACACGGGAGUGCGCGCCUUCCAGUGCGCUGUCUGUGCCAAGCGUUUCACGCAGAAGAGCUCGCUCAACGUGCACAUGCGCACGCACCGGCCAGAGCGCGUGCCCUGCCCUGCCUGCGGCAAGGUCUUCUCGCACCACGCCCUGCUGGAGCGCCAUCUGGCCUCCCACCCUGCACCCUGAUCUGGCCCGGGGCCUAGCCACGCCCAUCGUGAGUUUGAUCACACCCCACAGUUGGCCAUACCCACUGCAGGGUCUCUAUAGCUUGCGGAGCUAAGUCAGGCUCACUGCAGAACUAGUAUAACAUCCUCGCUGGGCCGGGUCACACCCCACGAGCACCUUGACCACAUUCCCACCACCAGACUAGGCUUUUCUCUGAGUGCAGGCCCUUCCCCUGCUUUCACCCUCUUCACCACCAACCAGGGGCCCAACCUGCCUAACUCCUACAUUCAGACCCUCCAGGUAGUGGCGGGCUGGGGCUGGUCAGAGAGACCCAAGCACUCCUGAGAACUGGAUCAUCUCCAGUCUGAACUGGAUGCUCAGAAUUGGGACAGGGCCCAGGAUUCGUGGCUCCAUCUAUAUCUCGCACCCUGCCUCCUUCCGUGAGUGGGGUGGGGUCUAGGCCUGUUUUCCUACGCCCAUGUCAGGCUGGGCAAGAUCCCUGGUGCCCCACCCCGAACUACCCUCCUUCAUCUGGCACCAUCAUGGACUAGGGCCAGACCUUUGGAUACCUGCUUUGUAAUAAAGGACUGUGGCCCAUGGGGCCAAACCUGUGUA